AGAAGUAUUAUAUAAUUGAUAGAGUUGCUCAGUGACCUAGUUUAAAUACUUUCAGGAAAGCUCCGUGAUAAGGACUAAGGCUCCCACCAUGAGCUACAAGGCCAAGACCGUCGUGUCGGCCCGUCGGGACCAGAAGAAGGGGCGAGGGGCAGGGCUUACGGAGGAGCAGAAGCAGGAGAUCCGGGAGGCCUUUGACCUUUUUGAUACGGAUGGAAGCGGCACCAUCGACGCAAAGGAGCUUAAAGUUGCCAUGCGUGCUUUGGGCUUCGAGCCAAAGAAAGAGGAGAUAAAGAAGAUGAUUUCUGACAUCGACAAGGAUGGCUCAGGAACUAUUGAUUUUGAGGAGUUCUUGCAGAUGAUGACCGCCAAGAUGGGCGAACGUGACUCGCGCGAAGAGAUUCUUAAGGCGUUCCGCCUCUUUGACGAUGAUGGGUCCGGGACCAUCACCUUGAAGGACCUUCGCCGCGUGGCUAAGGAGCUCGGUGAGAACCUCACGGACGAGGAGCUUCAAGAAAUGAUUGACGAGGCGGAUCGCGACGGCGAUGGUGAGAUUAACGAGGACGAGUUCAUCAGGAUUAUGAAGAAGACGUCUCUCUUCUGAGCAUCGGAGCAUGGGCGUUGAUCUCACCUCGCUAUGAAUUGGGGAUGUUGCCAGGGGUCUUGCCAUCGAGCAAGCUAGGACAGUGUACGUUUUUUUUGUGCCUACUGUGUACAGGCCGCUGCAUGACAGCAGUGCGGCGCAUGUAUAGUGGUUCCUGAGUGUUAUUCGUAGUCCUGACAGUCCCGUCAUAUGACUGCAUGUUCAGUGCAUGUGGAAGUGGUAGGCAGAUAAGUAUUUUGGAUGAGACUGUGCGCGUUCUGUACAUACUUCGUCUAUCUCCUGCCAUCGGAACAUGGCAAGCACAUCUUGCCGUUUCUUGCCAUCCAAUGCUGGCAAGCAUGAUAGCCAGGGACGCGUGCCUCGAACCAUCUGUAAAACGGAUAAUGUAAAUACUUGAGUAAUUUA